AAAAACAAAUCCAAAUAGCAAUAAUAAUAAUAAUAAUAAUAAUAAUAAUAAUAAUAAUACAAUGGAAGCAUUUAUAAGAAUGGCCAAAUACUGGCUAGUCUAUCACCCAAAUAUUAGCAACUUUGAGUGGAAAAGAGGGAUUACUACUGCUUCCUCUAUUCACUUCCUCAUUUUUACUGAUCUUUCUUACAUCUUCCUUACCUUGCUAUGGAACUACUGGUCAUUCCGACCCCUUUCCAUACCCCUCCGCCUCAUCUCCGCUGUCUACAAUCUCUUCUCUUUCUUUCUUGCUGUCCUUAUGGUCGUCGGUUGCAGUCUCUCCACUCUAUCUCAAAUGCCUAACCCAAAUUGGAUAUUCUGUUUCCCAGCAAACCAAACUCCGACUCGUGGCCCUGUCUUCUUUUGGGGCUAUGUAUUCUACCUGUCUAAGAUUCUUGAGUUUACUGAUACAAUCUUAAUCCUUUUAAGCGACACUAAAGCUCGCAGACUGUCGUUUCUCCAUGUGUUCCAUCAUUCAAUGGGAUUGAUCAUGUCUUACAUUUGGAUUGACGCACCACAAUCGUUGUUACCUUUAGGAGUCGUCACUAACGCGUCAGUCCACACAGUCAUGUAUUUGUAUUACCUGAUGUGUUCGUUUGGGGUUCGACCUUCAUGGAAGAAGAUGGUCACUGACAUUCAGAUUACCCAGUUUGUUUGCUGGUUUUUCACAUCAGGGAUUGCACUGUAUCAUCACCUAGUAAAAUACCCAUGCUCUGGCCCCAUAUAUGCUUGGUUGUUUUGCGCCUUUGUUAUCAUUUCUCUUUUAUUUUUGUUUCUUGAUUUUUAUUGGAAAACCUACAACUAUAAACAACAAAAGAUGGUCACCAAGGAAGGUCAUCAUGCCUAAAGCAAGCCACCUCUUGUGUUA